UCCCCUGCAGUUCUUGUUAGUGAGUGUUACUUUAAACAAAUAUGGUCGUGAAUUUCAAAGUUUUCAAGAAGGUCUCCCCCAAUGGAAAGCUCACUUUGUACCUGGGCAAAAGGGACUUUGUGGACCACAUCUCUAGCGUGGAACCUAUUGAUGGAGUGAUCGUAGUAGAUGAUGACUACCUCAGGGACCGCAAAGUCUUCGGCCAAGUUGUGUGCAGCUUCCGUUACGGCCGAGAGGAGGAUGAAGUCAUGGGACUCAACUUCCAGAAAGAUCUCUACCUAGCUUCCGAGAUGAUCUAUCCUCCCCCGGAAAAGCGAGAGGACAACCUUACAAAACUACAGGAACGACUGCUCAAGAAGCUCGGCCCAAACGCCUUUCCGUUCAAGUUCACCAUCUCCCCAAGUGCUCCAGCGUCAGUGAUACUCCAGCCAGGACCGGAAGAUCAAGGAGAGCCAUGCGGGGUUCAAUUCUACGUCAAGAUCUUUGUGGGAGAGAACGAGACCGAUCGCUCACAUCGCAGGAGUACAGUUGCUCUAGCCUUCCGCAAAGUGCAGUAUGCUCCAUCCAAGCAGGGUCGCCAACCUUGCACUGUCGUCAGGAAAGACUUCCUCCUCAGCCCUGGAGAACUGGAGCUGGAAGUGACUCUGGACAAACAGCUGUACCAUCAUGGGGAAAGAGUUGCAGUGAACAUCUGUAUUCGCAACAACAGCAACAAAGUGGUGAAGAAGAUCAAGGCGAUGGUACAACAAGGUAUUGAUGUCGUGCUGUUCCAGAACGGACAAUACCGUACGUCCGUGGCAAGCCUGGAGACUCAGGAAGGUUGUCCUAUUCAGCCUGGUUCCUCUCUACAGAAGAUUAUGUACCUGACUCCGAUGUUAGAAUCCAACAAGGAUCGUCGUGGAGUAGCACUUGACGGACAACUGAAGUCCGAGGACACAAACCUUGCCUCCUCAACCCUGCUAGCCACAGCUGAUCAUAAAGAUGCGUUUGGCAUUGUCGUCUCAUACUCUGUGAAGGUGAAGCUCUUCCUAGGAGCUCUCGGAGGAGAAGUUUCAGCUGAGUUACCGUUCAUCCUGAUGCACCCCAAGCCUGAAACCUUGAAGGGUAAACUACUUACAGCAGACAGUCAGGCUGAUGUGGAAUCCUUCCGUCAAGACACCGUGGACGAGCCAGGACUCUUGGCGGCAAACUGAACUGGACAUACGACUGGAAAUAAGCAAUAAUCUAAUCAAGUUACCAUGUCCAAUACAUCAGUUACUUAUCCAAUGCAUCGUGGUUUUGAACAAGCAUUGUCUUAUCAUAACAUGUAGUAUUGUCAUCUUGCUCGCUACUUUUAACUAAUGAAUGUAUUAUAUUUUGUUUUAUUGAGUAACUAAAUAUAUUUUUAUAGCAAACAUUUUUAUUUUUGUUUCUAAGAUAUUAAACUUAUAAUAGGCCUAUUUCUAUGUUUCUAAAAGUUAUUUUGUUGGUGUCCUUAAACAUGUACUCAAAUAAGUUUUCAAUGUUAUAUAACUACAUAUGAAAUCAAUAUUUAAUUUCAACAUUUCAACACAAAAUAUUGGUAUACUGUAAACAGUUUAAUGUUGCACUCUAA